AUGAUCUCCAAUUCCGCACUAUUCCCGCACUGGCGGCGCAAAGCAGUCGAACGCUCGAGCAGCAGCUCUUACGAAGUGCCCUUCUAUUUGAAUGCAGCCUACUAUCCGAAUUGGCGCAUCUACCAGAAUCAGUCCCCUUCGUCGCUACGACUGGGAUUCGUCUCCCACAUCUUCUAUGCAUUUGCCUGGGUCAAAGAAGAUGGUACCGUCUAUUUGAGCGACGAAUGGGCCGACACACAGAUGCCUGUGGACGGCACAACCGGCUGUCUCCGGGCUUUCGCGCAGCUGAAACCAAAGUAUCCCAAACUAAAACUCAUUCUCUCCAUUGGCGGGGCCGGCAAAGGAAGCGAGAAUUUCGCCCGCGUGGCUUGCAGUCAUUCGUGUAUGGAGACUUUUGGGCGGACCGCACGAGCACUGGUGGACGAGUAUGGUCUCGAUGGUAUCGAUGUGGACUGGGAGCAUCCUUCCGAUGCCCACCAAGGCGCCGACUAUGUGCGCCUCCUCUCCCAGAUCCGCAAGUUUCUCCCGACCCCACGCUACCUCGUAACCUCGGCCCUCCCCGCCUCGCCCUGGUUCUUGCGACAUAUUGAUAUCUUCAAGGCCCAAACUUAUCUGGACCUCCUGAACAUCAUGACCUACGAUUUUACGGGACCCUGGACGUCAGAAACUGGCCACCACGCCCAGCUAACGAUCCCUCAAAAUACCCAACCCAACUCCAGCAAUAUCCUGUCCUGUCAGUCCAGUAUCUCAUAUAUCCUGACCAAUCAUUCUAUAAAUCCCAAAAAGCUUCUGCUGGGAAUUCCAGUCUAUGGUCGGUCCUUCUUGGGCUGUUCCGGUCCAGGCCAGCCAUACACGGGCUGUGGUGGCGAAGACGGGAUCUUCGAUUACUGUGAUCUCCCUCGACCUAGUGCGAGGGAAGUAGUCGACGAGGAAGCCGGCGCGGCAUAUUGUGUUGGCGGAACUGAUGGCGGGUUUGUCACGUAUGACACGCCGCGGACGGUGCAGAUGAAGGCAAAGUUUGUGACCAGAAUGAAGCUGGGGGGGUUGUUCUACUGGCAUAUCGGUGGGGAUAAGAAGGGAGGCAAGGGGAAGAGCUUGAUAGAAGUCGGAUACGAGAGUCUGCAUGAUAUGUGA